AUGUCUCAGAAGGAGCUGAAAGAAGCCUUCGUCAGUAAUCUUAAUGGGACCACAAUACAGGAAUUGGCUGUAGGCUCACUACUCACCCCACAAUGCAUCCUCAUGCGAGCCUUAAUUCUGAUUUUCUACUAUCAAGCAAAGGGGAAUCUCCCGCUACCAUUCCCACGGAUUUCUCACCUGCUUCUCGAUUUCUCCGUGUUGGUCUUUCCACUCGUCCUGUCUUGGACUAUUGUGAGCGACCAUCUUGUUCUGGUGAUUUUGAGCUUCACCUUUGUUUUGUCAUGUGCGCUUUGUCAAAUCUACCGUAGUCACCGGCAAACCCCUCUCAGCGAAUUCCUCAACAGAACGAUUCGGUUUAAACAGCUUCCCUUUGUGACCAUCUUCAGAGUGAUGGUGAAUAUGCAAACAGCUAUCAGUAUUCUAGCUGUAGACUUUCGAGUGUUUCCAAGGCGAUUCGCUAAAACAGAAACGUUUGGAACAGGCGUUAUGGACUUUGGUGUUGGAGCGUUUAUCUUUGCAAAUGGUCUGGUUUGCUCAGAAGCACGUGGGAAGAGCAUUUAUGGAUCGAAGUUGAAACAUAUCUCCAAGCAAGUCCUCUCCGUGUGGCCCCUGGUUGCUCUCGGCGCGGCCCGACUAGUCUUCAUCAAAAUGAGCGACUACCAAGAACAUGUGACUGAAUAUGGUGUCCACUGGAAUUUUUUCUUCACGCUGGCUUUCGUCAGGGUCCUGACAUCUAUACUUUUGGUUGUAGUACCAGCAAAGCACUCGUGGGUCUUAGCUCUUGUCAUAAGUUGUGUUUAUCAGUUGGCUCUGGAGACAACGGGCCUCAAGGCUUUCAUCUUGCAUAACAAGGAUAGAGAGAAGGACUUUCUUCAUGCUAACAAAGAGGGCAUCUUCUCCAUAGCAGGAUACGUUCCCAUCUACAUGGCAGGAGCUCAAGUCGGAUUUUACUUGAUGCAGCCAAGAUUUCAUGUCAGAGAUUGGUUCAAAGUCAUUUUUAAACUCCUGAUGGCAACUAUUUCAGUAUUUGUUGUUUUGUGCACGUGUCGGAUCUUAGUGGAGCCGGUUUCUCGACGCUUAGCUAAUUUACCGUUCUGCUUCUGGAGUGUUGCUCAAUCUCUCCUUUUUAUAUCAUGUAUUGGUUUAGUAGAUUUGAUUAUUCUCUUUUGCAAAACAAAGUCAGGUUGUCAUUUGGUGCCAUCAUCGUGGAAUUCAUAUCCAAAGUCUCACAAAAAGAAAGACGCAAUGGAAGGAUUGUGCCUUGUUCAAGCCAUCAACAAGAAUCAGUUGUUCUAUUUUCUUCUCUCAAAUGUCUUGACAGGCGUGACCAACACCUUAGUUAACACUCUGAACAGCAGUGAUUUAUUUUCUGUGUGUAUAUUGCUGUCUUACAUGUUCAUAAAUUGCACUGUUAUGUAUAUUUUACUUAUCUGUGGAAUUAAAAUAAAAUUUUGGUGA